AGCAGAGAUGAUCAAUAAUUUCAAAAGGAAAUGAAUUUGAAGAAACUUAAUAUGUAGGAUUACGGGAUGUGAAUGGAUAUUGAACACUUAUUGUGCUGAAAUGACUAAUUGACUAAUCUCUUCCGACUUUAUCGGCUGAUGCACUACGACCGCAGAAGUGUCUAUCCUUUCCUGCUGUAUUGUGUUCACCCAAAUCUCAGUACUGCCUUCAUUUUACUCCUUAGAUUUCUAAAUCUCUCUUGACCUGAUGCGUUCCUCACUCUGAAAGUUUAAAACACCAAUUCCAGCCACCUACUUCUUUUCCCAAUAUCAGUGUCAUUGUCCCAUGAAUCAAACAUCACCCACACCGCUGUUUAAAUUAUGCAUUCAAUUCUUCAAUCUGCUUGAUUUUAUGAUAAAUGGUGUGUAUUUCAGGUAACAAUGCAGAGAUUAUGUAAACGAAUUUGGUCCUUCACUCCCCAGACUCUCAGCAGAGCAUUCUUCCUAGCUCUAUCUAAUAACGUGAUUCUGAAAUAGACUUUGAGAACUGGAUCUUCUCUCUUCCACUCAAGGUUCGCAUUCAGAAUUUGCGGGGGAUUAGCAGAGCAUGAUUUGGAAAGUUGGUACUCCUUUAGUCUGGAAGAAAGUAGUAUCAAUAUGCUGAAGACGAGUUCGAAGUUAUUAUAGCGGACGGAGUCAAAAAGCAGACUGAGGCUCAGACAAAAGCGCCUCCAUGUCCGAUAGUUAACCUGCUUACGAGAAGAAGAAUUGUACUGGGCAAAUAAAGGAGUGACUGAAAUUAUGCCAGUUAAAAAGGAAUUAAUGCUUUGUUCGCUCAUUGAAGGUGCCUUUAAUAUCAAUGGAUUUCAAGCCUUGGAGGAAUUUCUGUCAAAUGAAGCUGAAUAUCCACCUCAGAAAUGCAAUAAGCCAUUUGUAAACAAGCUCGAUAAACUAGCUCACAAGGAAAUGGACAAAAAUCAGUUCACAAAUGUCUCAUUACUGUUGAAAGCCUUGCAGAGGUUCUGUAAAGAGGAUAUGGAGGAUGGUCUCUGUUGUCUAAUUAAACAUGGACUUAUUCAGAAGAUGCUCCUCUGGUUUGAACGAGCAACUGAAUUUAUGAAAACUACAGAAUUAAAAUCUAGCGAAGCACUUAUGACUCUUAUUGAAGACAUGUUUGAUGCUGUUUUGGCAAUAUGCAAAUGCAGUAGUGAAGGCAGGACUCAACUGAUGGACACAUUUGUGUUGCAAUUAGGACAUGGGGUGACUGAUUUUCGUCUUAAAAUCUCUGUACGCCUAGAGGCCAUAAGAACCUUUAACUCCAUGCUUGACUUAAUCUCCCGUGAAGGGAAAAUAAAAUUUCACCUAUCUGAGGAAGCAAAAAGUCUAAUGCUUGACUUGGCAACAACCAUUCUGGAGGUUGGGGAUUAUGAAAUUCAGGUUGCCAUUUCUGAAGCACUGUGCAGAAUGACUGAUAGGAAGACAAGAGAGACCCUGGUUUAUAAAUGGUUUGAUGAGCCUAACGCAAAUGCUUUCAAAGAGAUCAGAGAUUCUGAAUUUGAAACUGAUUGUAGAAAAUUUCUCAAUUCAUUAAAUGAAAGCCGUCGCAAUAAGAGAAGAGUUUAUACCUAUCCAUGCAAUGCUGCAUUCCUCGAUUUGAAUGAGUUAAAAAUACCAGCUGAUGAUAAAUUGGAAAGAUUUUGGAUUGAUUUCAAUCUGGGAAGUCGCAGUAUAACGUUUUUCAUUAAAGAUGACAGUCAGGAUAAUGAGGUGGACCUCUGGGAGACCGUCAGUUUAUUACAAGAUGGAGUCAAAAGUUUUGGUGUGCAAGAAGUUAAUGCAACUACAAUUCUCGUCAUAAUUCUGAAAGGACUGCUGUCUGUCGGUAAAAAGAAAGGAAAAAAGGUGAAAAUAUACUUUGACUCUACAUUUGAUGUCCUGAACACAACCAAAUUGGUAUAUGGCAAUGAGAAACUACUGGAUUUGGUUGGGUCUCCUAUUGAAUCUCAAUUGAAGAGCACGCACCUGGCCUCAAAUAAGCUGACAGUUUUUGGAAGCCAACGUUCAACUGUGGAUAAGUCUGAAAUAACGUAUCCUGCCAGUGAUGGUGAACUUGCGAGAAAGCUUGACUCAACACAGCCUGAAGAGGAAAGAUACUACAGUGAUACGGGAAUACAAUCAUCUAAAUCAGUAAAGGUAAACAGUAAACUGAAAAAUUUAAUUGCCUUGGAGUCCAGCAGAAGUAGAAGACAUAGUUAUUCAACUACUUGUUCUGGAAGGGGAUCAACAAGAUUGGGACAACAAAUAAAAGAUGUUGAGAAUGAUUAUGUGCAAAGUUUGGGCUCUAAAGAUGAGCAAAGCUCUGUUGAAGCUGCUGUCAGUCUCCCUUCUCAGCCAUCAAGUUCAAAGAAAAUCGGACCGCUUGAUGCAACAGAACUGAAACCAAGCAUAGAUGCAGAGGAUGCAGGGACAGUCACUGCAGAUAAAGAGAAGAACAUGACUGAGUUUAAACGAACACGGAGUAAAGCUAUAAGGGAAAAGGAUGUUUUUGAUUUUGAAACUUCUUCUGAUUCUACAGUGAAUUUACAGGUUACUGAAGCCAAAAGGAGAAUUCCUGGAAGGAAAAGACUGUCUUUUGAUGAAGACCGCAAUCCGAAAGUUGCAACUAGAAGUAAGAAAAUAAGCAGAAGAGGAGAUAUGCAUAGAAGAAGUGAUCUAAAGAAGUUAUUCACGGAAGAUUCAAGUAGUGAGGGCACUGAACAUAGCUGGAUCUUGGAACCCCAAGUUAAGGUUACUCCAGAUGUCGCAAACUAUAGUAAAUCUAAAAAAAGAAAAACGUCUCGCUUAAGAGUUUUGCCACUCUCUCUCGAAUCCAGUGAAGAUGAGCAGGAUCAGAGAAAGGUAACUGAGAAAACACAGCUGCAGACUCAAGAAGAAAAUCAAAAAAUCACACCAUCUGGACAGAUUAUUCCAGAAUUUUCAGAUCGACAUCGCACACCAGUUCCUGUACAGAUAGCCAAGAGGAUUAAAACUGAUGAUUUUGCAAUUGGAAACAAUCUGGUAUUUGAGACAUCACUGUUAACUCCUCCAGACACAUUAGAGAAAAUGAAGCUACCAUCAACUAAGUAUCUGGGGAGGACGUCCAUGAGUGUUGAAGUUCCAGAUAAUGAAGAGAAGACAUCAGAUGAUAUGUUCACGGUGCAACAGUCCACAAGCACUCCCUCAGAAAGGCCUGUUGGUGAUGAUAGUUAUCUGAAUAAAGAUGAAGCCAUACUAACACCUCUUCUACCAUUUAAAGCAAAAAGGCUGUUUGCAUCAUCUGAGAAGUCUGACAAAGGAUCACAAGAAAUGGUGCAAGGAAUCGAAAGGACACUCUCUGAGCUGGAUUAUGAAGAGUUGAGUGAGCUAAACCUCAGUGAAAUAUUUCAGAAUUUCACUGAAGAAAUGAGGAAGUUGAAGUUUUGUUUCAGGAAAAUGGAAGAACGCUCCAAGCAAUCCCUGCAAUCUGCUGAACAGAAAAUAUCUAUGUUGUUGAAUCAGAUUCACAAAUCCAGGUUACAGAAAUUGAAAAUAUUUGAGGACAGACUUGACCGGGAACUGAAGGACUUUAAAGAAAACGUGCAAGCAGUAAAGAAUUUGGAGGAAGAGACUCUGAACUUUUGGAAGCAGCAAUCCCUUAAGAUCUUGCAGUUUUAUGAAAAUCAAGAACAAAGAGUGAAUCCACUGAUCUCAUCCCCAGAAGAUAAGGCAGGGAUGUCUAUGGAAACACAAGCUGAUAUGAUUCAUAUGGAGAAUGAAGUAGAGCUGACCAGCAUGAAAGAUUGAAUUGAUGACAUCGGAUAACUUAAAUAAUCGUUUUAGUUUAAAAAGCAAAUGGAAGACGUUUUUGUUUCAAGUGUACAUGGUUCUAAUGUGUUCUAUGAUGCAUAUUUCAUUUUCAUUUACAUGAAAUGCUUUUGAGAAGUGUGAAAAUGUUUUGCAUAUAUUAUUAUUUCUAUAUUAAACCAAAACGCAUGAGAAUAAAUCCUUAUA